UCUUUCUUCGUUUUCUCUAAUCCCGGCUAAUCGUUUCUUGGUUAUUCUUAUCUUCGUUGAGGUGGAUAUUAGAGAAUAUAUAUCGUCGGUGUGUGAACGAUCGUCGACUGUGCGGUGGAACCACGUGGAUUCGUACGUGGUUACGACGGAAGAGAGGGAAGGAAAGAGAAGAGAGGAGAAGAAAAGAGAAAAGAAGAGGAGAGGAGAGGAGAGGAGAACAGAAGAGAAGAGGAGAGAAGAAAAGAGAAGAGAGAAGAAAAGAGAGGAGAAGAGAAGAGAAGAGAAGAGAAGAUAAGAGAGGCUGCUGGCAAGGAGUGUAAACGUCGUUCUUUCUUCUCGUAAUCGGCGAUAGUACGUACUACGUAUAGUGCCGCAAGAGGGAUACGAAUUAAUUUUCGUAUUAAAAGCGUUUCGUUUCGUCGUGUUAAAGAGUCGAAGAAGAGAAGUCGCGGCGACGCGUAUCGACCUAUCUUUUCACGCGGUCGAGACGCGUGUAUACGGAGUGUGUGUGAUCGAGAGAGAGAGAGAGAAGGGUAAAGGAAAGUGUUCGGAGCUCGAGAAGAUGCUCGAGCGAGGGAAAGGUAUCUACGGUGUUGCGAAAGUGUAGCUUCGUCGUGCAGCAUCAUCAUCUGUCCUGGAUCCAGAGAUCGAGCUCGCUUCUGCCGGAAAACUCGUUCUCUCUCUCUCCAUCUUCGUCUUCGUCUUCGUCUUCGUCUCCGUUUCUAUCCUUUUCGUUUUACGAAACGAGAGAAGAUAGUGAUCGCAAAAGGGUGGAAAAGAAACGAUAUUCUCGCGAGAUAAUAUCUAUACGUGAAGGAAGUGAGUAAGUGUUUAACACGAGAGAAAGAGAGUGAGAGAGAGAGAGAGAGAGAGAGAAAGAGAGAGUAGAAUUAUUACGUCAGUGAUCAAACCAGAGGAUUAUUUUUCUACGAGUGGAUAAUUCUUUUUAUUUAUUUAUUUAUUUGUAUCUUUGUGCGCUCGCGGACGUCACUCCUAAAGGAUUACCGGAUUGUGUGAAGUGAAAAAUUCUAAUCCCGUCCUGUUGAUUUGUGAGAGAGUGUUUCGAUCGAAUAAUCUCAGGGGAGGAAGAUCUAUUAAAUAAACGGGGGGAAAAGGGUGGGAAGAAACGAAUCUAUAUAUAAAAAAAAGGAAAAAAAAAUUAAUAACGGAAGAAGAGAAAAGGAGGAAAAAAGGAAUAAAGUGUAUUUCGUUAGGAGUGCCGAAGAAAAAGUUUGCGGUCGAGCUACGGGGAAUGGUGAUGCGGUAGUCGAGGGAUUCCCCAAGGAAAGACAUGAGGGCGGCCGCCGCCUACGUCCUAUUCCUUGCCCAGCUCAUACAGACGUCAACCGGGAGUGGAUUCUUCGAGGUGCAGAUCCUUUCGUUGACGAACAACAGGGGCACCCUGGUGGACGGCAGGUGUUGCGGCGGGGGUGGGGGAGAUGGAAAAGGUGGCUUACCACCGUGCACGACCUCCUGUUCCACGGCCUUCUGGUUAUGCCUGAAGGAAUAUCAGUCGAAUGUCACUGCCAUAGGCUCGUGUAGCUUUGGCAACGUAUCUAGUCACGCCCUUGGUCAGAACACCUUCACCCUCACCGAACCUGUCACCUUGCAACUGCACUUCACUUUCCGAUGGACCAGGCAAUUUACGCUGAUUCUACAAGCGAGAGACGAGGCGAGCGCCGGCGUCAUCGAGGAAGCGAGCUACAGCGGAAUCGUCCUGCCUGGCCCAACGUGGCACACUCUCAAUCAUCAGGGCAGAAAUGCUCAUUUGGCUUAUCGCGUGCGCGUCCAAUGUGCGGAUCAUUACUACAACGCGACUUGUACCAAGUUCUGCCGGCCGAGAAACGACAUAUUCGGUCAUUACACCUGCGACGAGAACGGCGAUAAAGUCUGCAUACAAGGCUGGAAAGGUUCCGAUUGCGAGAUAGCUGUCUGCAAAGAGGGUUGUCAUCCCGUUCACGGCCAUUGCAACGUAAGUGGUGAGUGCAAGUGCAGACACGGUUGGAGGGGUGAACUUUGCGAUCAGUGUACACCCUAUCCCGGAUGCAAGCAUGGCUAUUGCAACGGCUCCAGUUGGCAGUGCAUAUGCGACACGAAUUGGGGUGGCAUACUCUGCGACCAAGACCUCAAUUAUUGCGGCACGCACGAGCCAUGCCAGAACGGUGGCACGUGCGAAAACACGGCGCCGGAUCAGUACAGAUGCACAUGCCCCGAAGGAUUCUCCGGACCGACUUGCGAGAAGGUCGACAAUCCUUGCGCCUCGAGUCCGUGCGCCAACGGAGCAACCUGCAUCGAAUUAGGUGAAAGCGCUCAUUGUGAGUGCGCGCCUGGUUUUACGGGGCCUUUGUGCGCGACCGACAUCGACGAGUGCGCCUCGCAACCCUGUCAAAACGGUGGUACCUGCGUCGAUGGUAGAAACGGCUUUGUUUGUAACUGUCCACCUGCCUGGCAAGGUUCUCUUUGUCAAUUCGACGUCGACGAAUGUGCGCUCAAGGAAUCACCUUGCAAGAAUUCCAUCAGUUGCGUUAAUCUCGCCGGUGAUUAUAGAUGUCGGUGUCGAAGCGGCUUUAACGGCAAGAACUGUACGAAGAACAUCAAUGAUUGCGUGGGACAAUGUCAGCACGGUGCACUGUGCAUCGAUCUCGUUAACGAUUAUCAUUGUAGUUGCACGGCUGGUUAUUCCGGCAAGGACUGCGACGUCGACAUCGACGAAUGUGCCUCGAAGCCAUGUCAAAACGGUGGAGACUGCAGAGAUCUGGUAAACGCUUAUGAGUGCGUCUGUCCUGUUGGUUUCACCGGUUAUCAGUGCGAGAUCGAUCGCGAUCAUUGCAGUCCAAAUCCCUGCAGAAAUUCAGCGCCAUGUUUCAACACCCAAACCGAUUACUACUGUCACUGUCCGGAACAGUGGCAGGGGAAGAAUUGUAGCGAGUCAGCCUCGCAGAAUCCACAGUUUGGCGAGAAUACGGACGAUCAGUUAGGUUGCGGCAGCGAAGGAACGCCUUGCGGUGGCAGAGGAAGAUGUAGCGGCGACAAAUGCAUCUGCGAUCCGGGAUAUACCGGCGUACACUGUCACGAGAAUAUCAACGACUGUCGCGGCAAUCCCUGCUUGAACGGUGGUACCUGCGUUGAUCUCAUAAAUUCGUUUCAAUGUAUCUGCAGGGAAGGUUGGAGCGGAGAUUUGUGCGAUCAAGACGUAGACGAGUGUAUGGCGUCACCUUGCCGUAACAAUGGCACAUGCGUCGACGGUGUCGCCGACUUCACCUGCAUUUGCCGAAACGGUUGGAAAGGAAAAACUUGUGCUCUUCGAGGUGGCCAUUGCGAGCCUGGUACUUGUCGUCACGGAGGAACUUGUCAAGAUCGCGGAGAUGGCUUCACGUGUCACUGUCCACCCAGCUGGGAGGGUGCAGCCUGUCACAUAGCAUCUCCAGCUUGUGCCAGUAAUCCUUGCGAGAACGGAGCAACCUGCGUUAAUACGGCCGAUGGAAACUACAGAUGCGUUUGCCGCGAGGGUUUCGAAGGGCCGAAUUGUCUUCGCGACGUCGACGAUUGUCAACCGUUGCCUUGCCUAAAUGGCGGUAAAUGCGUCGACGGAGUGAAUUGGUUCAGAUGCGAGUGCGCACCGGGCUUUACCGGGCCAGAUUGUCGUAUUAACGUGAACGAGUGCGCGAGCGAUCCCUGCACCGCUGGAGCGACCUGCGUCGAUGGAAUCGCCAGUUACUCUUGCAUUUGUCCACCGGGCAGGACCGGUAUUCGUUGCGAGAUUCGCACGGCCGGCGGUCCAGGAUGCGUGGCAGCGAGUUGGGAAGACGACUGUAACAUUUGCGAGUGUCGAAGCGGAAAGAAUCGAUGUAGUAACGUCUGGUGCGGUCAGGGUAACUGCUUGAACGGUACGUCCUGUCUGGCGCACGAGGUAUGCGUUCCAAGCCCGGGAGAAAGUUGUCUCUCGCCGCCCUGUCCAGCUUGGGGUGAAUGUCGACCGGUGGAAACUGGAAGAAGAGUAGGACCACCGGCGUUACCGGCACCACCCUCUUGUUGGCCUGGUCAAGCGACACCAGGACCAACGUGUUCGAGACUGACCAUACUUUUGAGAAGGGACACUUUGGCCUCCGGCACGUCGGUCGAAUUGCUCUGCCGUAGAUUGAGAAAACUCUUGGCCGAUCCGAGGCGACCGCAAUUGAUAGUCCUACUUUGCGAUCUCAAACCAGGUGACAACGAUACGGUCGAAGUCACGAUUUUCUCAGAAACGGCAGCCGACGCAGCCAGAGAUUUGGGCGAAGCACUUAGCCGUCCUAUGGGCAGACCGCUCGCUCUUGCCUCGGUCUUAGAGGUCAAAGUUGAAACCGCUCUCAUCAGCGAGCCCAGUUCCAAUUCCAACAACGUGGCAGGUGGAUACGUAGCCGUUCUUGGCGGUGCUCUGGCAACCGUCCUUUUACUUGCUCUCUUCGGAGGACUCUGGUAUCUUAGGACAGCGAGGCAACGAUCGAGCUUGACUGCGACAACCAGCAGCGAGACGUCCUUGCAUCGUCAUCGCAGUGACCUCGACGAAAAGUCGAAUAACUUGCAAAACGAAGAAAACCUAAGAAGGUACGCAAAUCCUUUGAAGGAUCAAGACCCCGAACCACGAGUGUCCGUGGUGAGACCAUUGUCCGGUGCUUCGCUCGGUCCUCUCGGUACGACGGAAGAGAGUCUCGAGAUGGUAUCGGAAGAAGGAAGACAUCGUCUACCACCUCUCUACAAACCGCCCAGCGCCGAAACGAGAAACAACACGGCGAGUUUUAGUUACGAGGAGGGACCUCACAAACCUUACACCAAACCGAGAAUACAGGAACCAACGUACUCGCAUCAGCAACCUGGCACGAGUCAGACCUCGGGUCCUCAUCAAGUGUUAACGGUACACGUUUGAACGUCCUCUCUUUUCUACCACAUCACGGAUUUCGAAUUUCAUUGCGAUUUCACUCGAUUUUUAAACCGUGCUUGAAAAUUCCCAGACAGCGACUACCACUUGAGUAUUUACUGUCUGAUAAAGGAAAACAAGUGUCUUUGUAAAACGUAUAUACGGACGCUAACAAAAUUACUGGCGCGCUAAGAUCCUUACGUUAAAAGACACGCACGUGCUGAGAAAGUCUUACUUCACUGAUAUUCCGUUAAAAAUUUAAGGAAAAAAACGAUUCGACGAUCGAAAGACGAACAAAAACUUGUAUCUUGUCUUCCCACAAGUGAAGUUACGUAGGAAAAACGAAAUCUAUCGUAAAUUGUUAAAAUUUCUAUUUAAUCUUUUUCUACGCGUUCCAGAGUUCCCUUUUCUUAUGACUUCAUGAUGCGACAAUAAGCGCGAUCGCGACGAUUAUAAGUAACUAUAAUGAUAACAUUAUCUCUUGUUAUCGUUGUACAUAUGUAUAUAGCUCGUACUUAGUAAUUUUCGCUGUGACUGCACCGCUUCCAAGUGUCGGCAAUCACGACCCUUGAUAUCUUAAAGUUUGAUACGCUGUUGUUCUCGCAUAAUAAAUAGAGAUCGUACGCGUUCGUUGUUAUCAUAUAAAUAAAUCCUUUAGGUGAGGCACGUCGAAGUAAACGAAAAGAAAAAAAGAAAAACAAAAAAAAAUAAAUAAAUAAAAUAAAAUAAACAAGAACAUAUGUAUGUAUGUACACGUACACGUAUUAUUAACCGGGGUGAGAUUAAAAUUAUCCAUGGAUGAUGUCGUUCUCGAAAACUUUUUUGGGAGACUUUUGUCCUCGUAAAAAUGCGUUACUUACACGUACAACGUACCGUAUAUUAACACGUACUGCUUACGAUUUUAUUGUUAGAUUAAAACUGAUUACUCUACUAAGCAACGGACACCGGAACCGGAAACGCGUUAAUCCUUGCGUUUGGAUACUUACCAAACGUCUCUUAAAUUCACUCCAGUGAAAUCUUUUCCUAAGACUUACAAUACAUGCAUACAUACAUACGUGUAAUAUGCCGAUAAUGUGCGAUAGAUCGAUUGCGAAAUAUAUGUAUUUAGAAUGGUGUAACCUUCGGACGUUCCUUUCGGACGAUAUUAUUGUGAUACUAUUAUGGAACGACUUUCCCACGGUCGUUUUCUACCUUUCUCUCUCUCUCUCUUUCUCUUUUUCUCUGUGUUUCUUUUUUUUUCUUUUUUCUCUCUUUAAUUUUCUUUUUUCUUUUGUUGAGCCUCUCGUUGUAAUCCUCAUUCGACUUUCAGCUCAAAUUAAAGCUGAGCACGAAAGAAGCGAAUCGAAUUUCGCAGCACUAUGAUAUCGUCAUAAACGAAAAACGUAUAUAUUGUGUAUGCGCCGUGUUGAGAAGACAAAAAAAAAACGAACAAGAAAAGCAGUGAAUUUGGCGAUACCUUUACUUAGGUAGUACGGUGUAUGUAAAGUACGAAUGUCUAUCGGCAUCUCGAAGCGCUCGAGAAAAUGCGAUGUAGGUUAAGAUAAUGAAAGAAACAAGCAAGCAAGUGCAAAAAAAAAAUAGAAAGAAAAGACAAGAAAAAUUAGUGUAAAUACGCCGCUUUUACUUAACGAUUGACUAUAUUUCAGUACGACUAAAAGGAGAAAAGUGAAAGAACCUCUGAUUCUAAUUAUAUUUCUCUCUUUUUCCUUCUCUCUUCUUCUAUAUUUUCAUCUCUCUUCUCUCUCUCUCUCUCUCUCUCUCUCUCUCUCUCUCUCUCUCUCUCUCUCUCUCUCUCUCUCUCUCUAAAUAAUUUUACUCGCGUAAACGAACGUGCGUUUUUAAUUUUAAUUUAAUCGAUAAGUCACAAAUGUGAUUUUUCUAUAUUCGAUGUUAUCUAAUAGAGAUAGUUGUCAAAAUGAAUAAACUGGUAGGUCUCUCGUA